AUGGAUGGUCCAAGUGAUGGUCAUCAUGGCCGUGAUACCCAUGCUACGCCUCCCCAGGCGAUCUGUGAUGCUUAUAAAAAGUAUCAGAGAAUGAGUGAUGCAGCAGUGAAUGAUGAUCUCAAUAUCGUGGACUUCAAUCGUGGUCUGACUCCCGAGCAAAGGGAGACGAUGAGUCCAGUGGGUGUCGUUCCAUCGGAAUUGAUUGCUCAAGCUCAGAAUGAUUUCAUGAAUGCUGGGGCUGAAUAUGAUCCUGGUCAUUCAGAAGCCUGUACGAUUUAUGAGCACAGCGGCUUUCCGGGAUUGAGAUUGUUUCCUGCGCUUCUCCCACCAGAAUGCCAAACUCUACUUAUCUCUCGGCUCCUCCAUCGCGAGUUGUCAAAUCCUUUGCACAAAACGAACUUUCACGAUGAUUAUGAUAUACCAUACCCCCCUACCAACUCUUCCUUCUUCACUUACCCGCACCAAUCCAAAACCCAAGUAUUUGCUCCUAAAGACCCAAAUUCCAAGCACAAACCACUCAAUGCCGCACAAGCUCUUCAGAAGAAACUCCGGUGGCUAACUCUCGGCUCCCAAUAUAAUUGGAACACCCGAGCAUAUCCCUCAGAUUCUGCGACUCCAUUCCCGACUGAUGUUUCUCGUCUUGUUACUACUCUAUUCCAGAAUGCGUUUACCCCGGAAUCAGGGGUUGUCCUACUAUACACGACGAAAGACUUCAUGCCUGUGCAUCGAGACGUUUCCGAGGAAUGCGAGAGGGGCCUUGCGAGUUUUUCGCUGGGCUGCGAUGGGCUGUUUGUUAUUAGUAGAGACGUUAAGAAAGGAGAGGAAGGCAUUGAAAACAGGGAACAGGAUAUGGUUUGCAUACGGGUCAGAAGUGGUGAUGUGGUUCAAAUGGGCGGAGAGACAAGAUGGGCUUGGCAUGCCAUGCCCAAGAUCAUGGGAGGCACAUGUCCGCCUUGCUUGACCGAAUGGCCUGUGGGAUCUACGCAAGAAGAGAAAGAACCGAAAGAGUAUGAAAGAUGGAGGGGUUAUAUGAAGGGCAAGAGGUUAAACAUUAGUUGCAGGCAAGUGUGGAAUUAA